AUGCCUUCCCUCGCGUUAGCACGUGCAGCGAACGCGGCCUACUCCUUCCCAUCCUGCCCCCUCGCCAUUCUCCUCGGAGGAACUUCAGGAAUUGGCCAGGCCAUCGCGCAGACGUUCGCCCGGCACACCAAGGGCAAUGCGCACAUCAUCAUUUGCGGGCGCGACCGUGCCGCCGCCGAGGCCACCAUCGCCGGCUUCCCCAAGCCCGCGGCAGACUCGGCCGCGCAGCACGAGUUUGUCGAAUGCGACGCAUCGCUGAUGAAGAACGCGGAGGCCACGACGUCUAUGCUCCGCGCGCGGCUCACGAAAGUGAACUACCUCGUCGUCUCGCCGGGCAUCCUAACCCUCAGGGGUCGCGACGAGACGUCCGAGGGCAUCGACCGGAAGCUCGCGCUGCAUUACUACGCGCGGUGGAAAUUCAUACAUGAUCUGCUGCCUCUGCUCAAGGCGGCCAAGGACGCGGGAGAGGACGCAAAGGCCAUGUCCGUGCUCGCGCCCGGGGACGGCGGACGCAUCGACCUGGACGACCUGGGGCUGAAGAAGCAUUUUAGCUUGGCGAACGCGGCCUUUUCUGCUGUGACGUACACCGAUCUCAUGAUCGAGUCAUUCGCCGAGAAGGAGCCGGGCGUGUCGUUCGUCCACAUUCACCCGGGCGUCGUGCGCACGAGACUCCUGCACCCCGCUCUGAAGCUCCUAUUCUACCCGUUCUUGACGGCCCCGGAGGACUGUGGAGAGUACAUGUUGAAUGCGCUCUUGCAGGCGGGGCCUGGCGCCCAGCGUCGCAAUCCGAAAGGGGAUGACAUGGGAAUGAAGCGGUACUACGGGACGGAGGAGGCCAGGACAAAGCUGUGGGAGCAUACUGAGGAGGAGAUGCGGCUCGCCAUCCAUACGACAAAGUAA